AUGAGCCCGAAGAUUUUCCGUAGACAGACGGUGCUGACGGGGUCUCAGUCUCCACAGACGACGACGAAUGCUGGUAGCAACGCAACUAACAACUCCAGCAACGUGGGUGGUGUUCUUUCCUCUAAUGGAGGCACCCAUCAGAAUUUAACCAACGGCGGCAGCAGUGGCCGUCGCGCUAAAUCGCGCCUUCUGCCGGUGUCGCAGACGGACAGUUUAUUGAAGCCAUCAAUAUUGACAUGGAAGUUGUCAGGGAUGUCGUCAGGCGCACACAUCCACAGAAGGCCACCGUCCGUUCAGGGACGGACAGUCUCGCCGAUGCAGACACGCCAAACUGUCACAAAGCUAAAGAAGGAAAUCAUUGAGCACCGAGCGGAUCCGUCUCCCGCCCCUUCACGUCCACCACGCAGAGUAGCACGGCAUUCAGUCGCUGUAUCUCCACCGUUAAAUUCGAUUAACCAGCUGCCUGCGCCGCGUGUCAUGCUGGAACAACAGUGCAUCAAAAGUACAUUUCAUACUAGUAACGAUAAAAGGAGGUCGUCGGCACUGAAUCGAUCAACAAGACUCACUAAGGGAAACACCACUAUUCCUGAUUUUGGAGCUGCGCCGCAGAGUUCCCACACACCAGGACCCCUUGGUGUUGGACGUCACAACAUUGUACUGGAUAUGAAGCGAAACACCGGGCAAGUUGCCGAACGGAGACAAUUGUUAGAUGGACCUCUAUCAACUAAUAAAGUGGCUUCUGGAGACACGGUGCGUGACUACAAUGAGUUGUGUGUGACGUUGGGGCAGGCACCACAAGAUGCAUGGAUUGCCGCGACAUUAGAGGACACCAACAAGUCCAAGGGUUUUUCUAGUUCAGCAUGUAAUGUGGGAGUUGUAGAAGAAAAGAAACUGAAUGCGAGGCGGUGCGAUAAGGUGGUUUCUCCGAUUGGUGGUCUUUGUGAUUAUGGGCAACGAAAAAAAUUAUCAAACAAUACAUUUUCUCUUAGAAGGCUGCGAUCGGUAGAAGAGGAACGGAAAGUGUCUAGUGGGCCUCCAAGCAUUUGUGCUCCUCCUCUCCCUACGGGGAAAACCGAAGAUGCGAGUGGUGUGGAACUGGGCAAGGAUCGUGUGGCGAAGGACACUGUUUCGUGUGAUAUGGUGACGUGCCGUCAACAACUCCAGCCGUACCAGCAGAAGAUGAAACUUCUGAAGCAACGAAGAAAAGACGUCCAGGAGGCCUUGUACCAUUUUUUGGCGCUCUGCCAAAGCCAAUCAGACCCAGAGAAAAAGACUUCAAAUUUCUCUCCUAUAGCUGCGCUGGAAUCUCACGCGAACUUGCUCACAAAUGGAUUAAAAGAACUGCAGCGACGAAACGUAGCUUUGUUGCUACGCCUAACUGAAUAUUCCCGUGAGGUGCGAAGACCGUUGGGAUCGGUGGGUGGCAAUUUGGAUGCGGUUGUUGCUGAACGACAUCAGCAGCAUCAGAUAGAGGAGGAUGAGUUUGAGAAAAGGAAUGAAGAGAUAUCUCUAGUGGUAAACAAACCCGCCACACGGAACUUGCCAAACCCGUUCGAGCAGUUUAAGGAAACUACACCCACGACUAAUUCCAUGACUGUGUCAUCAAUGAAAGAACCUUCCCGGGCCUAUUUGAGUUUCCUUCGCGAGGAAGAAGGUCUUAUUGUGCAGCAGCUAAACGAGGUGUGUUCACGCGUUCGUGAGGCUCUUACAAACGAACUCACUGUGACGAUUGCGGACAAGGCAAUGCUGGAGACGCCGUUAUUCCUCCCGUCACUCCCGGAUAAAUGUCCCACGUGCCUCGAAAAGGGACAGCAGCCGCCGUCACAGCAUGUUGCAGAUUGCGGUUGCCCUUCAGGAGAUCAAAGAGGGCCUGGUGUCGGUACCAUGAUGUCUUCAGCUGUUGAUAGCGCUGGGCACUCGCCUGGUUUAACAAGGCGAAACACUGUGAGCCCAAAGAGUUCAGUCAAGAAGAAGAAAAACGGUGCGGUCACUGACAACGGCGGCCGUACUACCCCGCCCAAAUGUACCGUAUCACAAGGGGUGACGGCUUAUCACGGGCCCUUUGUGGGCGUUGCAUUGAUGAACCGGAUCUCUGCGGAGGACCACAGAAAAAAAGUGGAGGAUGCCGACGGCGACAAGAACAGUUUUUUAGGGUGCAACACCGACAAUCUGCAGCUCGUCUUGGGGGGCGGCAGACGAUGCUUCUCCUAUGCUCCUCUCCAAAAAACGGCAGGUGGCAAUGCACCCAUCUCAAGGAGUAAAUCGACGUCCGCGUGUAAUGUAACGCAUAAAAUGAAGACGUUAUGGAAGAUGACCUCGACAACAAAAACUCCUCCAACAGCCUCAACACCCACAACAAGGCUCACCGUGAAACCGAACAAGAGUAAGGCUCCACCAAAAUCCGUUGUUGCGUCGGUCGCCAUGAACGAUAUUCUUGCAGCACGUAUAAAAGAGGCGGAAGAGACAUGGAAGGCUAUCAAAGGGUUAGCAAGCGUUGAAACUGCACGAACACCCACUCAGGUGCAACCGAAAUGCGUGGGGCCAGCGCAGAAAAUAGAUGAUAACGCCGAUUUUCCACAGACCUUAGUGACGCAAGAAGGGCAACCCCCAGAGGUAACUGCAUUCACGCCAACACCACUAAAUUUAGUGGAACUAGAGAAUACUAUUAAAAAACAUCAUGCUUCGUUAAAGGACGAACUAGAGGUGGCGCCAGCUGGGCAAUUAACGCUUACUGCUAGUUGGGUUUCAGAUGCGUCUUGUAAAAAUGAACUGGAUAAAAAUACAACAAGGACCGUUAGUGUCUCUUGUUUGAAUAGCCCUUUGCGGUGUAAACAACAACAGAUGGAGGAAGUGGAACAGCCACAGGUGCUGAUUAGUGCAUCCGCAUCGCUGGAACGACCUGCUGCCUUCAUAGAAACGGUACCAAUAGAAGUGGUGAUGGCAACCCGUAUUAAGUGCUGCUGGCGACAACAUAUGGCUCGAGCAAUGGUGAGGCAGCGACGGAAACAGGUGGAUUAUGAGAAGAGGCAGCAGCAGCGUUGGCAUCUUGAAAAUGUCAUGGCUUUUCGUCUUCAGCGUCUGUUUGCCAAAAACGUCGCGCGACGACGGCGUCGACGUGAAGCGAUGCAGAGGCAGUGUGAUGCUACUUUGGCCCCACAAAGUGAUACCAAAAUGGCUGACAAGUGGCGAUCUGAUAGUAACAAGGAAAAUUCUGAACGUCCAUUGACUUUGCGAGAAAAAUUUGAAAAAUCAAAGGAGAGACGUAGAAAGCUGCUGCAUUCCACGCUAAACGACACCAGCUUCGUCUCUGGCUUGGGUGGUACUCUCUGUGGUCACCCCGGGACGGAGACGCGAUUGGGGAAGAGGCAGCAACCGGCGAGUGAAGUAGCUGUGAAGGUGCCGCCGUUAGACCUUAAAUCCAGUUGUAUUUCGACUCUUGAUAUUGAUAAAUAUUGGCUACACGGAGAAAAUUUUAGAGUGAAUAUUUUGCAUCGUCUAUUGCGUGCACCGAGGGCCCUUCUCUACGUGCUUCGUGUCAUGUGUGAGGCAUGUCCCACAAGGCCUGUGUCAGCGCUGGCCUUCUUGAAAGGUGUAGAAGAUGGGAGACUUAAGAAGGAAGGCAAAAACAAUGGCAAUCAGCAGACGCCACAAACCGAAGAAGACGUGGGAAAAUGGGAGAAGGAAGAUAAACACACUUUCAAUCAACCAGGGGCAUAUCAGGAAGACUGUGCAAAGAGCAAAAAAGGAACGAGUAAUAAUCCUCUUCAUCGUCAUCCUCACCAGGAUAUGAAGGAUGAGAAUGAAAUACGCUGGUAUGUACUCUCGUAUCGCAUGCUGCGUCGACGCCUUCUCGCUCGGAAAGCGGCGAUGAAAAAUGGUGUGGACGCCAGAGUUAUUUGUCCCUUUUCUAUCCAUGUAAAGAGCCUUGUCGAGGAGGAUGAAAUGUUGCAUGAAGUGCCAGUGGCAAAGGGCUUUCAGCGACCGUUUGAGUGUUGGGGUACUGCAUAUGCUUUUCAAGCACGGGUUUUUAGUGCUGCUGCGGAGUAUGCGUGGAAACUUAUCUUCAGCCACACGCCACAUGACGACUAUAAACAACGUAUGCUUAAGACGAAGGAGGAGAAAAGGGCUCGUCUUGAGCGUGUGGAGCAACGGAAUCGUAUGAUUCUUGCCUGCUAUUGUGUCAGCUCUGAGCAGGAGUGGUUGAAGGAGGCUUCAAAUGAUAUUGGCUUCAUUGCUCGCAUCUGGAACCCAAAGAGAUCGUUGGAUUCAAACGACCCUGAUUUUGAGCGGCACUGCCACGAAACAUAUGACUUUGUUGAAGACUUUCUCUACCAGUGUUUCCCUACCAUCGCUGACCUUGAAGAGAUACCAACAUUUCUCAUGGGCGCAGGCAUUUUUUUUCUGUUGAAGUCCACGCUUUCGUACGCGAAGGAAAAAGAAAAGGUGAAUGAGGAAGAUGAAAGCUUAUCGAGAGACAUUCCUGGUGGGGCUGCUAACAAGAUUCACGGUGGAUCAUUCCCUCCAAGGAACGUCAUUGCCUUGUGCGAUCCGAAGGUGCCACUGACCACAGAGCAACGCGAGACGAUUUUUGCCUAUGAGGUCUUGAACCUCCUCGAAUACCUCAUUUGUUUUGACAGCUCUGAACCGCCAAUGAGGGUGGACACCGCCAUAAACAGUAAUAGUAAUCGCGACUACGAGGAUGAGGAGGAACAUGACAGGAAUACAAACAACAAUAACAUGGACGGGCAAGGCGUGCUCUCUGAAACGAGUGAGGAAAGGUGUGAGCGGGUGGAACGCCCAUUAGGAGCGGCCAUGCGCUUAGGUGAAUGCUUCCCAUUCGUAUUUGCUUCAUUGUUCAGUGAAAUCGAUGCUGUAUUGCCUGCAAUACAGCGUCCGCAUUUGCGUCUAGUGCGUACGCCGCUUCCAGAAGCAUUGACAGCCAACCAACUAGACAAGGCAGCUACUGAUACAACGAAUGUGAAAGGUAAUGAUAACACUAAUAUGGAGCUGGAGCUUGUGUACCCGAGGGGAUAUCUUGUCAAUCUUAGUGAGCGAGUGAUGCGUGCCCUGCUCGGGUCGUGUCCUAACUUGGAGGUUUGUGAGGACAUGGACGCCACAUUGUGA